AUGACCUCCGUUAACGGCUACCGAAUUGGUGAUGCAUUGCACUGCCUGAACAUAAAUGGUUAUCCAGUAGUUUCGGAUGGAAUUCUGAUGGAAAAACAGCAAACAUUCAAUCGAUCGAAAAUCGUCGAACGAGCAGUUCAUGCGUGUGGUUCAGGGGCGUUUGGCUAUUUCGAAUGUACGCAAGACAUGACUCCAUAUUGCAAAGCAACGUUCUUGAGUGAAGUUGGAAAACAAACACCGAUUCUGUGUCGAUUUUCAACUGUCACAUACGGACGCGAAUUCCCUGAUUCGGCUCGUAAUCCACGUGGUUUGGCAUUGAAAUUUUAUACGGACGAUGGAAAUUAUGAUGUAUUGUGUGUUAAUUUUCCAGCGUUUUUCGUUCGUGAUCCGACACAAGGGCCGGACGUCAUUCGAUCUCAACAGCGAAAUCCACAUAAUUUUCGAGUUAAUUUCGAUGCCGUUUUUGAUUUCAUGUCACUGGUACCUGAGUCAAUGUUGGCUAAUACAUGGUUCUGGUCGGAUCAUGGUACACCAGUUGGUAGGUUGAAACUAACUGCUCCUUCGGAGAAGAAUUUCUCGAACCCCGAAGCCAUUCGUAUGAUGGGCGAAGACCCGGAUUAUGCCAAACGUGACUUGUGGCAGCAUAUUGAUAAUGGCGGCAACUCGGAAUGGAAAUGCUACGUUCAGAUGGCUACCGAACAGGAAUUGGGAAAAUUUACGAAAUAUGAUCCGUUUGAUGCAACAAAAGCAUGGAUGGAAGAAGAUUUUCCAUUGAGAGAAUUUGGGAGAUUUAUAGUGGAUCGAAAUCCAGAAAAUUAUCAUCGAGAUGUUGAACAAGUCGCUUUCAGUCCUGGUAGUCUCGUUCCGGGUAUUGAAACGUCACCAGAUCCUCUUCUUCAGUUUCGUUGUUUCUUGUAUCGUGAUGCUCAGCUUUAUCGUCUGGGUGUUAAUUUCCAUCAGAUACCGGUUAACUGUCCAUUUAUGACCAAACAAUUUCACCCACUUUCACGUGAUGGCAAACUGCGAACGGAUUCGAAUGGUGGAGUUGAACCUAAUUAUAAUCCGAAUUCAUUUUCAAUGCCACCUCAUGCCCGACCCGACCUGAGCUGCAAUGAAGUACCACAAGCUGUUAACGGAUGGCUUGCCAGACAAUCACAUUCGAAACAUGAAACUCAACUUAAUCCAGAUGCGGAAUAUCAACAGGCUCGUCAUUUCUAUCUGAAUGGUUUAUCCACUGAAGAACGCCAACAUCUGCACAUGAACAUUGCCCAUGCGUUCAAGAGUGUUUCGCGGCAAGAAGUUAAAUUGAGAUUCUUGGUCGCUUGCUAUAAGGUUCAUCCUCAAUAUGCCCAGGGCAUAAUCUCCAUUGAUCCAACAAUAGACAUAACAUUUCAACAAGUUGAACAGAUGGCUUCCGAGUUGCAAGGAAAACACACAGUUGAUCGAAGUAAAGGAUAUGAAGCAUAUCCAUUACACAUGUAA